UUGAUAUGCUAUGCUAGCUAGCUAGCGGAGUUUAUUUUUGCAUGUUAGGUUACCAUUAACUUUCCUCUCUUCACUGUCUCGCCACUGUAUCAAGAGAAAAUAGAAAACGCUCUGCAUGAAGGGCUGAUGGAAAACGCAAGAGAUUUGGCUGAACGGACUGUUCGUUCAGAAAGGAAGAGGCGGGACUCGUUUGGGAUGUUCGAUGGCUAUGACAGCUGCAGUGAGGAUUCUAGCAGUAGCUCGAGCUCUGAGGACAGUGAUGAAGAGGUGCCCUCCCUCCCUGCCAGCCUGCCCAUCAUCAAGACCAACGGCCAGGUCUACACCUACCCCGAUGGGAAGGCAGGAAUGGCCACCUGUGAGAUGUGUGGAAUGGUGGGAGUGAGAGAUGCUUUCUACUCCAAAACCAAGCGCUUCUGCAGUGUAUCCUGUUCAAGGAGCUACUCAUCCAACUCUAAAAAAGCCAGCAUACUGGCCAGGCUGCAGGGUAAACCACCAACGAAAAAGGCUAAAGUAUUACAGAAGCAGCCUCUCAUGGCGAAGUUGGCUGCCUAUGCCCAGUACCAAGCCAACCAACAGUACCAAGCCAACCAACAGAAUCAAGUCAAAUCAAAAACGGUGAUUCCUGUGAAAGGCUUUGAUUGGGGACGCUACAUAGGCACCGGCGACAUUAACGGGGCACCUGUCGGCUGUUUCAAACAUGUUCCCAUGGGAACUUCUUGGGGUGACCUUGCAGAAGGGGUGAGGGUAGAGGUGCCCAAUACAGACAGCGGCCUGCCAAUGAAAGUGUACUGGAUAGCAGGAGUUAUCAAAUUAGCAGGCUUUAAGGCACUGCUACGGUACGAGGGGUUUGAUGGCGACUCUGGCAGGGAUUUCUGGUGUAACAUCUGUGUCCCUGACAUCCACCCGGUGGGCUGGUGUGCAGCAGGAGGAAAGCCCCUGGUUCCUCCCAAGUCCAUUCAGCACAAGUGCACCAACUGGAAAGCGUUUCUUGUGAAAUGCCUAACAGGAGCAAAGACUCUACCUAUUGAUUUCUCCACCAAGGUGCAGCAGAGCAUGCAGUUCCCCUUUAAGAAGCUGAUGCGUGUGGAGGUGGUGGAUAAGACUCACCUGUGCCGGACGCGGGUGGCCCUGGUAGAGCAGGUGAUCGGCGGUCGACUUCGGCUCGUCUACGAGGAGUGCUCGGACGGCUCGGAUGACUUCUGGUGCCACAUGUACAGCCCACUGAUACACAGCAUCGGCUGGUCCCGCGGCAUCGGACACCGCUUCAAGAGAUCUGAUGUUUCAAAGAAACUUGAUGGCCAAGUAGAUGCCCCAGGACAGCUUUUUGUGAAGGUGAAGGAUGUUGACCAGAGCGGGGAGUGGUUUAAAGACGGCAUGAAGCUGGAGGCUAUUGACCCUCUGAAUCUAUCAGCUAUUUGUAUUGCUACUGUUAGAAAGGUCUUGGCGGAUGGAUACCUCAUGAUCGGAAUUGAUGGUUCCGAGGCAGCUGAUGGCUCUGACUGGUUCUGCUAUCACUCCACCUCUCCCUCUAUCUUUCCUGCUGGAUUCUGUGAAAUCAACACAAUUGAACUCACCCCUCCACGUGGGUACACAAAACUCCCAUUCAGAUGGUUUGACUACCUCAGGGAAACGGGUUCAGUGGCAGCUCCGGUGAAGCUCUUUAACAAGGAGGUUCCAAACCAUGGGUUCCGCCCUGGCAUGAAGCUGGAGGCUGUGGACCUGAUGGAGCCCCGGCUGGUGUGUGUUGCCACAGUGACACGUAUUGUAUAUAGACUGCUGCGCAUCCAUUUUGACGGCUGGGAGGACGAGUAUGAUCAGUGGGUGGAUUGUGAAUCACCUGACCUCUACCCUGUGGGUUGGUGUCAGCUGACUGGCUACCAACUACAGCCACCAGCUGUGCUAGCCUCUAGAGAGCUCCCUCCGAGUGUGACAAAGCAGAAGAAGAAAUCCCAGCAGUACAAAGGCCAAAAGAAAAAGAGGAAGAUCCCCAUUGGCAAGCGGCCAGUGAGUUUGUCGGGGGUGGUAUUGAGUGGAAUGCCCCAGAGGAACCUAUCUGGAGACGAGAACAUGACCCCGCCAGACUACCCAUCUCCUCCCAUGCCAGCAUCUGCCCCGGGGAACGCACAGCCUCCCUCGGCAGCCCAGGAACUCGGCCCCAACGGAAAGCCAGGGGUAACGCUGCAGCUGAAGGAGGAGGUUCAGGAGACGGACGAGUUCAACUUCCCGCAGGGCACAGCCUCUGACCUAGAGAACAACGGCUCCGGCUGCAGUUACUACAUCAAACAGGAGCCCUGAGCCUCCGUGGGGCACUGCUGCACCCACCACCGGAGGGCCAGCCUGGGGGCAAGAAGGAGCCUGUCCACUCCCUCCUUCUCCACAGCACCAGAGACCAUGGGCCCUGGGUGGCAUCCCCACAACAUUAACAUGGAAGGUCACCAAGUGCUCCAAGCUGUGCCCAUAGAGAGAUUCAGGACAGAGCGGCUCAAAGACUAGUUCCAAACAGACAGCGCAAACGGGGAGAGUAGAAAAUAAAGGAGAAAAAAAAGAGGUGCGUAAAUGACAACUUUACGUUUCAGUUCAGUUUUUUGUACUUCAAAAAAAAAAGUUUUUGUACGACUUUUUCAAAUCUGAGAUCUUUUUUGUGCAUCUCUCGUAUUCGUCACUUUGAGGUAGGGUAAUCUUUUGAUGGAUAAACUAUGUGAUGUUUGAGUGUAUAUAUAAUCAGAUUUUCCAAAAAACAGGGUGUAUGUACAGUUGAAGUCGGAAGUUUACAUACACUUAGGUUGGAGUCAUUAAAACUAGUUUUUUAACCACUCCACAAAUUUCAUGUUAACAAACUAUAGUUUUGGCAAGUUGGGACAUCUACUCUGUGCAUGACACAAGUCAUUUUUCCAACAAUUGUUUACAGACAGAUUAUUUCACUUAUAAUUCAAUGUAUCACAAUUCCAGUGUGUCAGAAGUUUACAUACACUAAAUUGACUGUGCCUUUUUAAACAGCUUGGAAAAUUCUGGGAAAUGAUGUCAUGGCUUUAGAAGCUUCUGAUAGGCAAACUGACAUCAUUUGAGUCAAUUGGAGGUGUACCUGUGGAUGUAUUUCAAGGCCUACCUUCAAACUCAGUGCCUCUGCUUAACAUCAUUGGAAAAUCAAAAGAAAUCAGCCAAGACCUCAGAAAAUAAAGAGCAAUUUCCAAACGCCUGAAGGUACCACGUUCAUCUGUACAAACAAUAGUAUGCAAGUAUAACCACCAUGAGACCACGCAGCCGUCAUACCGCUCAGGAAGGAGACACGUUCUGUCUCUUAGAGGUGAACGUACUUUGGUGCGAAAAGUGCAAAUCAAUCCCAGAACAGCAGCAAAGGACCUUGUGAAAAUGCUGGAGGAAACGGGUACAAUUAUCUAUAUCCACAGUAAAACGAGUCCUAUAUCGACAUAACCUGAAAGGCCACUCCGCAAGGAAGAAGCCACUGCUCCAUCAUGUUGUGGGGGUGCUUUGCUGCAGGAGUGUCUGGUGCACUUCACAAAAUAGAUGGCAUCAUGAGGUAGGAAAAGUAUGUGGAUAUAUUGAAGCAACAUCUCAAGACAUCAGUCAGGAAGUUAAAGCUUGGUUGAAAAUGGGUCUUCCAAAUGGACCCAAGCAUACUUCCAAAGUUGUGGCAAAAUGGCUUAAGGACAACAAAGUCAAGGUAUUGGAGUGGCCAUCACAAAGCCCCGAACUCAAUCCUAUAGAACAUUUGUGGGCAGAACUGAAAAAGCGUGUGCAAGCGAGGAGGCCUACAAACCUGACUCGGUUACACCAGCUCUGUCAGGAGGAAUGGGCCACAAUUCACCCAACUUAUUGUGGGAAGCUUGUGGAAGGCUAACCCGAAACGUUUGACCCUAGUUAAACAAUUUAACAACAUUGCUACCAAAUACUAAUUGAGUGUAUGUAAACUUCUGACCCACUGGGAAUGUGAUGACGGAAAUAAAAGCUGAAUAAAUCAUUCUCUCCUCUGCUGUUAUUCUGACAUUUCACAUUCUUACAAUAAAGUGGUGACCCUAACUGACCUUAGACAGUGGAUUCUUAUUAGGAUUAAAUGUCAGGAAUUGUGAAAAACUGAGUUUUAAAUGUAUUUGGCGAAGGUGUAUGUAAACUUCCGACUUCAACUGUAUGUCGGUAUUGAAUGGACUAAACCUUACUGGUAAAAAAAACAAUCACUCAGAUAUAAAGUAGAAACACCCCACCAAUCAGCUUCAUACCAGUUCCACACAUUCAACUAAGAUUUGAGCACCUGACCACAAUCUCUGGAUCUUGUGUUCCAUUUGUGUGAUAGCCAAUCAUGACUGACAGCUAUCACUGGGACAUUUACCAUGGAGAAUGUGGACCAGCCCCAAAUCUCAGGUCGAUCCUUUUCCCACACUAUAUUUACCAUGCCUUAUUUAAAGUAUGUUUACAAAUAUUACUCCUCUUGGCCAGUUGAUUGCAGGCAAAUUUGUCAAAUCAAAAAAAUUAUACUCUAUGAAAAACAGGUCAUUCACUGUGGUAAUAUUUAGUUCUAUCAGAGUUUACUACACAAUGAUAUGCAAACCUUGACUCUUGUGUCAAAUAGUACAGAGAUCUAUCUGAAAUGUGUUAUAUCUAAUGUAUGUAGCAUUAUUCUAUAUGAAUUAUGUCAUAAUUCAGAGCGAUACUAUAAAUGUGAGUCGAGGAAAUAUUCAAGCCACUGUAAGAGUCGGGCUAUUGUUCAUCAUUAUCAUCAUUAGUGUUUCAUCACCUCACUACCAUCAACAACAUGAGAACCAUUUAUCUAAAUAGAGAAUGUACUGCCUUUUGUAAAAGAAAAUCUUCAAAAUAAUGCUAUGUUUGCUCUUCCUCUUUUAGAAUUUGAAUGUAAUCUCCUGCUGCAAGGUAGUCAGGUUCUGGUCAAUCCACACAUCAAGGUGAUUUCCAUGACAAUUUAAAUCACUUUGUGUGCAUAUUUCUUAGUAAGUGAUUGGUAGGCUUGGGUUAAAUUGUCACACUCACUGACUCAUGAUCACACAUUUUAUUCAUAGGCCAUCCUUUCGUUGGGAGAUAUUAAAUGAAUGUCAAUAUUGAUUUAUAAAACAAAAUAUAUCACAUUAAAUAUUUAUUAACAAAGCAUACAGUAUAUAACAGAGCCAAUUUACAAACAUAUGGUGAUUUAUUUUGUGCCAUAUGAGGGAUUAUAAUCUACAUACUUUAUCAAAUACCGACUGCACUCCAUUGUCUCACUUUAUAUACCAGUAAGGUUGACAAUUUACUCUCAGGAAAUCUUAGCGUAUUGUAUUAUAGGCUUCUUCGUCGUUAUGGUUAUUGAGAAAGGUGUUGUCAUUGGCUGUUGGCAUGCUGAAAUUAGGCUUCAGAGAUUGAUGUGGUCAACAAUAUUAACAAAAUGUGUUAGUCCAAGAUCAGUCUUUAAAGUAAAUGUGUCACUUGGUAAACCAUCUCACUAAUGUAGAGACCUAUCUGAAUGUGAUACAAGGUCCCAUUUCAAGUGGAUUUGUCAUAUAUUUUGUCUCUAGAGGUAGGAUUUAACUGUCUGUCACUGUUUGAUCAUGUGUAGGUCAUUCUUGAAAAAAAAAUUUUUCUCUCCAAAAGUUCAGUUAAAUGUUAGCUUUGUCGAUUUGUCUUACUGUUGUUACUGUUUGUUUCAAUGUCUGGCCCUGAGUGAAACUCAAACUAGUAUUAGUCUCAAUGAAAUUGUACAUUUUACGCAUUGGCUGGUGUAAACCAGCUCAGGUGACCAUGGUGAUGCCAAAGAUUGCCUAAGGUCACUGUCAAGCAAUAACGUCUUAUCACAGUACUCUCCUAAUGCAGUGAGAUCCUAAGCUUUGAGCUGUACUUUCACUCAAACUUUAGACUGUGCAUCAAAGACUGAAUGGUGGAAAUAUACAUUACAUUGUUAAUAUAUGGUAUGACUGUUUUGAGGUGACAAACCUUGUCUCCAUCGUCCUUGUUACACAAAUGUUAAACAUGAGAAUUAAUGGUAUUUGAAUGAAGAAAAGAAACGCACAAAAUAUAGGGCUACACUAUUCUGAUCAUGACGUUCAAAUGCAUUAUUUCAUCAAUAUUAUAAUCAAUAUAAGAAAACAAGACUUUGAGGGUGUGUUUGUUAACCAAAAUAUGUGCAUGCAGCAGUGUGAACAUGUCCUCUUGUGCUUAACUAGUUGAUCUUGGUUUAUGUGUAACUGUUGGUCUUUGCACUAACAUGGGUCUGUGUGCUUGUUUCUAUUGUGAAACCCCUUCGUCUUUUAUGGUGCUAUAUAUAUAUAUUUGAUAUUCAUAACCUUUUAAGAAUUAAAUGAUUUUCAUAAACUGUGGCCAUGGAGAAAUUCAGUUCUCUUGUAUUUUGGAUACAACUAUGAAAGAUUUGUAUUAACUGCCAAAACAUUCUUUGCAUGGCACUUGUGGGAUAAAUUAUUUUUUCUUCAUCCAAGUAUGUGUUUGUUCCUUGGUUUCCAUGGUAAAUGUGCUGUGAACAUGAAGUUUACUAAGCUACAGUAUAUCAAAUACAAAAGUAAAGAAAUGUUUAGAUGUUUACUUUCAUUUAACAUGUUUGAAUUUUGCAGCAUGUUUGUGGAAAAAGUAUUGUAAAAUAAAAUUUACUUUCUACACUGCAUUAAAA